AUCCCUCUGACUAAUUCAGCACUGCUGCGUUUCCCAUUUUUUUUUUUCUAGAACAGUAAAUUUCAAGUAAACCAAAAAACCAUAAAUAGUAGUAUUAAUUACCAAUAUUGUCUUUUUCUUUUUAUUUUUUUUAAAUACUCUGAAACCGCGAAACCCUAGCUGAACCCUCUUUCCCUUCUCCGGCCACCGCAAUGGACUUCACUACGCCGCCGAUCGAGGACGGUUUCACCGCCGAGAAGCUCUUCACGCAGGGCUUCUCCUACACCUACGAUGACGUCAUCUUCCUCCCCCACUACAUCGACUUCGCCGCCGACGCCGUGGACCUCUCCACGCGCCUCACGCGCCGUCUCCCCCUCGCCGUGCCGUUUGUGGCCUCUCCUAUGGACACCGUGUCGGAGUCCGCCAUGGCCGCCGCCAUGGCCUCGCUCGGCGGCAUCGCCGUCGUCCACUCCAACGUCCCCGCCGCCGUCCAGGCGGCCAUCCUCCGCAGAGCGAAGUCCCGCCGCGUCCCCAUCCUCUCCGACCCCGCCUUCGCCGCUCCCUACGCCGUGGUCGAGCACGACGACGCCUUCGGGGCCUCCCCCUUCCUACUCGUCACCGACACUGGCACCUCCGCCGGGAAACUCCUCGGCUAUGUCGCGAGGAGCGACUGGACGAAUCAAACCGACAAGGGCUUGAGAGUUGGGGACUACAUGGCGCCACCUCCCAAGCCGGCGCCAUGGAACGCCGACCUAAAUAAAAUUAAUGAAAUUAUGGAGAGUGAGAAAAGUGGUGCUGUGGCUUUGGAGAGGGAUGGUGAGGUGGUUGAUUUGGUGGUGAGGGAGGAGGUGGAGAGGGUUAGGGGAUACCCAAAGCUGGUGGCGCCGGCUACAGUGGGGGCGGACGGGGAGUUUAUGGUGGGGGCUGCGGUGGGGACGAGGGAGGACGAUAAGGAGAGGUUGGAGCAUUUGGUGAAGGCUGGGUUGAAUGUUGUGGUGUUGGAUAGUUCUCAAGGGAACUCAAUUUAUCAGUUGGAGAUGGUGAAGUAUGUGAAGAGGGUGUACCCUGAGCUUGAUGUGAUUGGGGGGAAUGUUGUGACUAUGUACCAGGCUGAGAAUCUGAUUCAGGCUGGGGUUGAUGGGUUGAGGGUUGGAAUGGGGUCUGGGUCCAUUUGUACUACUCAGGAGGUUUGUGCUGUGGGCCGUGGUCAGGCAACUGCUGUUUACAAGGUCUCAUCCAUUGCUUAUAAAAGUGGUGUUCCUGUGAUUGCUGAUGGUGGCAUCUCGAACUCUGGUCAUAUUGUUAAGGCUUUGUCAUUGGGAGCGUCAACUGUUAUGAUGGGAAGCUUCUUGGCUGGUAGCCUUGAGGCUCCUGGGGCUUAUGUAUAUCAGAAUGGUCAACGUGUCAAAAAGUAUAGAGGAAUGGGUUCCCUAGAAGCUAUGACUAAAGGGAGUGAUGCAAGGUACUUGGGUGAUACAGCAAAGCUAAAAAUUGCUCAGGGGGUUGUUGGAGCUGUUAAAGAUAAGGGUUCUGUCUUGAAUUUCAUACCAUACACCUUGCAAGCAGUCAGGCAAGGGUUUCAGGAUAUCGGUGCCUCCUCUCUACAGUCUGCUCAUGACCUUCUAAGAUCCAGGGAGUUAAGACUGGAGGUCCGGAGUGGAGCAGCACAGGUUGAAGGUGGAGUUCAUGGGCUGGUUUCUUAUGAAAAGAAAUACUUUUGAAGUAUGAAACCAUCCAAAAUCAUAAGCGGUGCUAUAAUCCCUUGCUGCAGUUCAGCAUAAAAGAAGGGAACACACUGUUAUUGGUUAGUGGCAACUUGUUGCUACUCUGUCAAGCGAAUUGAAGUUUAUACCAAUAGAACAUCGUGGGAAUUUUCUUCCCUGAGGUUCUGAAGGAAGAACACUGAUUUCGUGGUUUUUUUUUGUUUUUUUUCAUCUCCAUUAGACUUUGUCAAAUGUGUCAUAGACUUUCCUAAAUAUAUUUUGCAUGUUUUCUGUCCUGUUAAGUAAAUGUUACUGUCAUAGUACUGCAAAAAUUUCCUCCUAUCUUAUGAAAAUAAGACUUCAUAAAAAAAAAUUAUGGUACUUGA